AUGUCGUUCCGCGAGUCAAGUGUGGUGGUCAUCGAAUGCGGACAGAAUGUCAUUCGCGCAGGAAGAGGGAUUCACAACUUUCCUCUGCCUCUGCCUUCAGUGGAAAUCCGCGCAUGCGUUGGACUAAGGAGGGACUCUAUGCAAAUUGACGGGGACCUCAGCCUGUCUUCCGUCAAGGCUACAAAAUACCUCGUAGGGACUUUUUUCGAUGAAGCUGAGGCUGCUGGGGAAUCCCUGGAAAUAUUCUGGCCAUUUGCACACGAUGGAAUCCGAGAAUGGGCUCAAGCGGAAGCACUCUGGCGUUAUGUGCUAUUCACCUCCCUGCAACUGUCUCGUAGCCAAAAUGAAUACCCAGUCAUGCUUUGCGUUCAACCCAAUCUUCCAAGGUUGUCAUAUGAACGAUUGGCCCAAAUAUUCUUCGAACGCUUUAAUGCUGCCGCACUGUCUAUCUUCGAGCGACCCUUGUUGCAAAUGUUCGCAGCGAAUUCAUUAUCUGGAGUAGUCGUGGACAUAGGUCAGGACAUCACAAUGAUCGGACCGGUACUAGACAGCGACGUUUAUCGCUACGGCUUACGUGCUGUCCCGGUCGGCGCUAAGCAGUGCGAAUCAUACCUUGUUAAUGUGCUUAAAAACAAUGCAUCACUCAUGAGCCAACUCAAUACCCCAGUCCCGCUGACCGAGAAGGACCUACAUGCUGCUCUCCAUCAAAUAAUACGGGUUGCGACGAAGGAAGGUCUUAUACACAUUCCUGAGUCUGAAGGAGCAAUCAUAACUGCCCAAGCACCGCCGGAGGACGAAGGUGCUUUGAGCAACAUCGCUGCUGUCUUGGUCGCAGGGAAGGAGAAGGCGGUCAUAGAGGCGGCAGGAAACAAGAAGAAGAGUGCGGCUCAAGAGAAGAAAGCUGCUGCAUCGGCUGCCGAGAAAGAGCGGCAGGCGCUGGAUCUCCCUAUUGCAGGAGAGCGGACGGUCACCAUAACUCUGGGAAAAGAACGACAUCGUUUAUGUGACCCGUUAUUUAAUCCGGUUCUUCUCAACCAAUUCUUACCACCGGAGCGAUGGCUACCAGAGGGUUCGGUAGGCAUUGACGAGGCUGUUCGCCUUGCUGUCGCUUCAGUUGACCAUCCUCAACGCACACAAUUAUGGGAUGGAAUAUUCCUCACUGGGGAUAUGUUGAAAGUCAAAAACCUCGAGGCCGCAUUAUCUUUCCGCCUAACCCGUUUCGCCACCCAUGAUGCGGAAUCACAGUGGCAAGCGCAAGGUCAACCGGCAACUGUGAGCACCCUGAAAUUUCCGGCAUAUUUUGCCGAGUUCCAAGAACGCAGCGACGUCCUUGCGGCUUUCCUAGGUGCUUGCAUUGCAGCAAAGCUAAUAUUCACUGAUUCAACUGGCAAAAAUUUCGUAUCCAAAUCGGACUAUGCGGAACACGGCCCAACAGCCAUCCGGGAUAUUAUGUUGUAACACCUCCUUCCUGUCAGCCCUAGGUUUACACUUAUUAUUGUCAUACACUAUAAUGCGGGAACACUAGCGAACAGAUUCCCCAAAUCACCAUUGCUCUCUAAUUAUACUUUUUUCUUUGGCCUCUUGACUUUGGACGCGCGUUCGGCAGGCGGUAGUACGAUUGUCCCACCAGCAGCCUCCCCAAGAAGACUUUCCCCAGUUUCUGCUCCCUUUUCUAUCUUCUCCUUCGUCUCCAGGUAAAACAUGAUGUCUCUGAGCUGCUCCUCGCACUCUUGUAAUCUCUUCGAGAUGGCAUCCU